AUGUUCUUCCUGCUGUCGAGACGGUUGCCUAGGUCCUACCCGAUGCUGGCGCUCAUAGCCACGAACCUGGUGAUUUCAAUGCCCGCACCGCCGUCUAGACGGUCCGACGACAUCACAGGCGACUCCAGGAAUGGAUUCUCCAACGUGCCGAAAAUCCUCGAGAUCCAGUUGCCCUUGAAGAUCGCCACCAAGGACGAUCUGGUGGCCUGGGCAAGGUACGUCAUGGGUCUGAUGGCGUCCAAGAUAAACAUCACCUUGACUACUGUCAAAGAUACACCCUCGAAGACCACAGGCAGUUUCAGGGCCCCGGAGAACGUGAGAGGCUUCGACAACGCGAAGCAAUCGCAGAACUCGAGAAAUUCUGCGUUUCAACGAUUCGACGCUAGCAAAUCGAUCAGCGGAGUCGAACAAUUCGCCAACACGAAGAGUUUCGAGAACUCUAGGUACGCGGAGAACGUGAGGAACCUUGGACACGUGUCGAACUUCGACCGAGCCAGGCUCCCUGCGAGUGUCAGCAUUUUGGACAACGGUAGAGUCGAAAACGCGAGGAAUCCUCAGAGAAAUGGUAUCGCACAGUUGUCCAAGGACAAAGUGUACGCUAGUUCCCAGCUUCCAUCCCUGACCGUCGGUGGAGUGACCACGAAGACUCUGUUCAGCAACCACGGCAACUUGGCCAUCUCGGACACCACUGUUCCAAGUCCUCUGGAGGUCACCGCGAAUAUAAACGUUGCCAGAGCGAGGAUCAAGGAGCCAAGUUUCAAAGGCACCUUGGACAGGACGAAUUUUUUAAAAGCUGGGGAUCAGCAACAGUUCGUUCCUCAGUUUCCCGACUUCGGGCCAGCUAUCGACGUGAGACCUAACGACAUCUUUCGAAACACGAACGCAGUUUCGCCUCCAACGAGGACCUAUCUGCCAGUGACGACGACUGCUGACAGCAUCAAGUUCCCAACCGACCCUUUCGUCACCAGGUACUUCUUCGACGGCCUGGAGAGGAACAUUUCCAGCAACAUAGGUGUCCUGGCUUCGGAGAUCACGUUCACCACGCAGAAUCCUCUGUACUUCGGCGAUGAGAUAGCUCUCCCAGUUAAGAGCUUCGACCACCAACCCCAUCAGAGGAACUUGAGCUCGAUGAAACCCCUGUUCCAAGUACCCUUCGAGGCUGUGAUCACGUUCACUCGCGAGGAACCUACUCAAACGACGACAUCGAGAAGCGAGGAGACCAACUACUUCACGGUAGUACCGACUAGAGAACCUGCUGACCAAUUUCCACCCUACUUUGACAGUAAUUUCACUCUGACUAACGAGUCUGGUCAGAUAAACGUGGUAUUCGAUGACAGUGGUCAGGUGGCUCAGCCGACGGACAGUGGGAAGAAGGAUGAGAGGGACAGGAAGAAAGAGAAGUCGAAGAAAGAGAGCUCGAAGAAGGAGAAAGAGAAGUCGAAGAAACUGUCACCUUUCGGGCAAUUGCUGAAGUCUUUCGUGGCUUUGAGGAGGAACAACACGCCAUCGGAGCAGCUAACGCCACCGCCGUUGAACCAGCAGACGACAUCGACGACCCAGAGGGUCCCGGCGCGACAGAGGGUGCCACCGCCCCAGAGGACGCAGCUGUAUCCGCCCCAGAGGCCACCGUCUGCGUCCAGACAAGGAAGACGUAAUCAGACGUCUCUGGCGCAACAGGUCGAGGACGACGACGACAGUGGAAGCAAAGAGGAUAGCACGAGCAAGGAAGAGACUGACAGCGGGGAGGAUAACGGCAGCAAGGGUGACGAGGGUAGCAAGGGAGGUAGCAGAGAAGGUAGUAAGAGCGAGGAAAAUGGCGACGUCGAAUCUAAGGAGGGAAACGGCAAUGGCGGCUCCAACGAGAGUGCUUCCAACGAGAACGACUAUGACGACUCGGAGGAAGACGAAGGAGGAGGUGGUUCUAUUAAAGUUAUCCUGGAUCUGCUUCCGCUUGUCACCCCAAUCUUGGAAGACCUCAGUGAUCCUGACUCCAACACCGACAUAACUGAUGUGCUCGAAUUAGGGAUUCCGAUUCUACAAGAUCUCUCGGAGGGGGACGACGAAAACGAACCACUCGACAUUCCAGGUGUACUGGUGCCGAUCUUGUUGCAACUUAGCGGAGGCCCGAAUGGCGACAGAGACUCAGCCGCCAUUUUGACACCGGUUCUGCAAUUAAUUGCCCCGUUGAUAGGACCUCUCGUUGGUCCACUGGUUUUACCACUCAGUCGCCAGAUUUCCAAUCCCCCUGGUGAAGGUGGAUCAUCCUCCGGUGAUCUCGUCAAGGCUGUAUUGGGUCCCCUACUCGAACCUGUCGGGAAUGGCAAGAUGACAGCGCUCUCUAACCUGAUCGCCAAUGUUGUCUCUAGUCUUAGCAAAACUUCAACGGGUGGCAAGUCCGACCUAAUGAGCCUCGUGAAAGCGGUGGUCGCUGGGACCGUAGCAGGCACCAGCGCUGGUUCCAGCGGUCAGAAGGACUCUUACGGGACUCCCACUGGUUAUGGUGCCGUCAGCAGCUACGGUGGUGCUCCACCUUCUUACAGUUACCCUAAAGCACCACCGAAGCACCCGAACUCGCUCAAUCUGCUCGGCUCCUCGGUCAAAGACAUCCUUAACGCGAUAUUAAAGGUGGUUGCCUCGUUAGUGAGCGCCAUCACCACUAUUCUAGGCGCCUCGUCCAACAGUUCGAACCAGCCAUCUCAUCAUCCGCCACCUUAUCAUACGUCACCACCCCGCACCUAUGGCGCGCCAAACCCCAAUAUGGUUCCUCUUAGCGAGUCUGUUAGCAUAACCACUAGCAGGCCGGAAAGACUCGUAAGACUGUAG